GGCCUGGUAAGCCCAGUUCUCGAGGCUGCAAGCUGCUGCAAGGCCAGGCCUCGAAAGGGUCAUGAUGACUGGGUAGUGGGUGGCCACCAUGGAACCCCACCAUCACCAUGGGCACCACCCAUGCCGAGGACUUGGAUUUGAAGCAAAUUGGCAGGCAGCUCUGCGGAGCCUCUCCCUGGCAGUGCUUGGGAGAAUUCAGAGGCGCUGACUGGCUGUCGGCGGGAGGUGGGAAGCACUUUGCCACUGCUGAGCCCCUACCCAGGCUGGAGCCAGGUUCCGGGAGGAGGACUACACUGUACAUGUGCGGCUGAACGACUACCUGGACAUUAUCUGCCCACAUUACGAAGACGACUCCGUGGCAGAUGCCGCCAUGGAGCGGUAUACGCUGUACAUGGUGGAGCGUGAGGAGUAUGUGGCGUGCCAACCCCAGUCCAAGGACCAGGUCCGUUGGAAGUGCACCCAGCCCAGUGCCAAGCAUGGCCCAGAGAAGCUGUCUGAGAAAUUCCAGCGCUUCACGCCCUUCACCUUGGGCAAGGAGUUCAAGGAAGGGCACAGCUACUAUUACAUCUCCAAACCUAUCUACCAUGAAGAAAACCAGUGCUUGAAGUUGAAGGUGACUGUCAAUGGAAAAAUCACUCACAGCCCUCAGGCCCACGCCAAUUCACAGGAGAAGAGGCUUCCAGCAGAUGACCCCGAGGCUCGGGUCCUGCACAGCGUGGGAGUCAGCGCUGCCCCUCGCCCCUUCCCGCUGGUCUGGGCUGUGCUCCUGCUCGCUCUGCUGCUACUGCAGACCCAGUGAAGGUGUGUGCUUCACCGGGCUCAAGGAUUGCCACUGGGCGGAGGGGCGGGGGCAAGCACCCCGAAGCCCCAGCCCCGGGAACCACUCCCACCCCAUGCACAAGCUGCCGCCCUGAAGCCUCAGAAGGUUCAGUAUUACGGGUUUCAACCCAAAGGAGUUCAACCCGCCUGACUGUGCCGUUCCUGCCUCCACCUCAGAGGGACGGAGGAAGACGUGGGGAAGGGUCCUUUCCCUGCGAUUUCUACCUUUAAGCCAAAGAAACGGGCUGUGCAGGCCGGCCUGGCCCAUUUCGAGGGCCCAGUGGGAGAGGAGCUGGAAGGGCCUGCGGUCAUGUAGUUGGACGCUAAAGACGCCCUUCCCCGAGGAAGCCGUGAUGUCCAGAUGAACUGACUGAAGGAAAUGCUUGAGACAGCUUCCUGCGUGAGAGCCAGGUACAGGAGAAGCAGCAUGCUUGGGCUGACCCAGCAUCUCUGCAGGAUUUCCACCUGCCGAACUGCCGGAGAGGUUCGUAGCCAGGCACUGACUGCAUCCUCCCCAUCCUUCGGGCAGCAUUCCCUGGAGCUGUGCCAACGCGAGGACGAGGCUGUUCAGAGUAGAGCUGUAAGGGCAGUGCCCGCGUGUACAGUCUGUGUAGUGUACCUAAAGGGCAGGGCCCACAUGUACAGUGUCUGUAGAUAAACGUGCUGUGUCUGCUCAUUUCUACAACUGGAGUUUUUUUUUAUACAGUGUUCUUGGAUUCAUAAUAAAGUAAUUUUUUUGGA